AUGGGUUCCUACAGAGGUUUCGACAUAGUUCCACGUCUAUCAAAAGGGCUGGUAGACAAACACAACUGGGAAAGAGUCUUUAAAUUUAUCAGAGAGAAUUACCAAAACGAUGAUCAAGUCGAAGUGAAGCCUAACUACAUUGCAUUUAAGUCCGACCCAGACCUACUGCUUCCACUUGAAUGCCACAAAUUCCUUCGUUUUGGCGCAACGAUCCCAAAUGAGGACACCGGCGGAUUGAGGGACUAUAUCGAUACCGUUAGCCGAGUAGCCAGUUGCUGGUUCGGAUCGAGAGUUCGUAAUUGGGAUGAGGGCGACGGGAUAUCGGGCUACUAUGCUUUGGAUGAUGUGAAACGAUCAAUUAGGUCCUAUGAGCAGUUCGAUGAACCGGAAGUGCCAACCACCUUAGCACAAUUUGUGCUCGGCACUGACCCAAUCCGUGAACUGAACUUGCCACUGUAUGAAGUGAAGCCAGUGCUAGGGAAGGGACAAGGCCUUGUGGCGCGUUUCAACAUUGCGAAAGGCCAACUGAUUAUUUCCGAAAAGCCAUUUUUCACAACCUCGAAUGUUGUAAGCGCAGCUAAGAUAGAAAAACAAAUUUCAAUUGAGCUGCGAAAGCUACCAAAAGACGCUCAACGCCAGUUUUUUUCCUUGCACAACAAUUUCCCUGGAAAGCAACCGUUCAGUGGCAUUGUCCGAACAAACGCUCUGCCAUGCGGACCUGAUUCUCCGAUUGGAGGCAUUUAUCCUACUAUCUCGCGGAUCAACCACAGCUGUCUGCCUAACGCACACAACAGCUGGAACAGUGCUUCAGGAUACGAAAACAUCUAUGCCGUCCGGUUUAUUGCAGCGGGAGAAGAGAUCACCAUCCCUUAUGAUCAUGGGGGCCCCUCAGACGAGCGACGUCGUCAUCUGAAGAACGCAUUUGGUUUCGAUUGUGAUUGCAGCAUCUGCUCCAGGCCACCUGCUGAACUAAAACAGAGUGACGAGCGCCGCCGCCAAAUCCAACACCUUGACGCCGAAAUAGGCAAUGCGCUUCGGGUGAUGCAUAGCCCGGGGGACUGUCUCAAAGACUGUCGAGCUCUUCUCCAAAUCCUCGAAGAGGAGUUUGAAGGUACUCCCGGUGCUCAUCUCACUAGGCUUUACUAUGAUGCUUUCCAGAUCUGCAUCGUGCAAGGGGAUCAGGCGCGGGCUAGGGUUUUUGCAGAGCGAUCAUAUAGAGCAAGGUUGGCGUGCGAGGGGGAGAAUAACCCGGAAACCAAAAGGAUUCAGAAACUGAUGGAGGAUCCCAAAACGCAUGCAAGUUUUGGAUUGUUGAUGAAAUGGAAGAGUUUGAAAAACCAGGUGCCUCGGGGGUUAAGUUCGGAUGAGUUUGAGAAAUGGUUGUGGAGACACGGUAAAUAG